AUGGCCCCAAUCAAGACUAUUGAAUACUUCCGGGUCAAGCCUCGUUGGCUAUUCGUCAAGAUAGUCGAUGCUGAAGGCGGAGUAGGCUGGGGCGAGGCUACGCUCGAAGGUCAUACUAAAGCUGUAGAAGGCACUUUAGAUGGCUAUAUCGACCGCUUUGUAGGGCUUGAGGCUGAAGAUAUUGAGCAUAUCUGGCAACUUGCUUGGCGGCAAAGCUUCUAUCGUGGUGGCCCGGUAUUUAUGAGUGCACUCGCCGGCAUCGAUAUCGCGUUGUGGGAUCUCAAAGCGCGAAAGCUUGGUGUGCCGAUCCAUCAACUACUUGGAGGCAAGGUCAGGCAAAAGGUUCAAGUAUAUGCUUGGAUUGGCGGCGAUCGUCCUUCUGCUGUUGCUGAAGCUGGUAAAGAAAGACUUGCUCAAGGAUUCCGUGCCGUAAAGAUGAAUGCCACAGAAGAUGUGGGUUGGUUGGAUUCGCCGUCGAAGCUGGAUUCGGCUGUCGAGAGAGUCAAGACUGUCAAGAGCUUGGGUCUAGAUGUUGCUUUGGACUUUCAUGGAAGACUUCACAAGGCUAUGGCUAAGCAGCUGGCGCAUAAAUUGGAUGGUUGCGACGUCCUUUUCCUUGAAGAACCGCUUCUAAGCGAACAUCCAGAGGGCAUCAAACAACUAUCAAACUUGACGAGUUCGCCCAUUGCCCUUGGAGAAAGACUGUACAGCCGAUGGGAUUUCAAGAGAUACCUAGAAGAUGCUUCGGUAGAUGUCCUCCAGCCUGAUAUCUCACACUGUGGAGGUAUUUCUGAGAUGAGAAGAAUUGCGGCCAUGGCUGAAACCUAUGAUGUUGCCAUUGCACCACAUUGCCCACUCGGACCCAUCGCGCUUGCAGCAUGCUUACAGAUUGGUCUUUGUACACCCAAUCACAUGAUCCAAGAAAUGUCCGUUGGCAUGCAUUAUAACACAGAAGCUGGUGAACAUGACAUUCACAGCUAUGUGCUUAAUUCAGACAUCUUCAAGGUCAAGGAUGGAUACUUGGAUGCCUUUACAGGACCAGGCCUAGGAAUUGAGGUUGAUGAGGAGGCGGUCAGAAGAGUGGCUGAGAAUACACAACCAUGGUUGCUGCAAGGAUUUGUCGGUGUUGAUGGCGGACUGAGAGAGUGGUGA